CCAAACAUAAAACACAUUAAUUACUUGAUUGGAAAUUACUAAAGAAAAAAAAUCGAGUCUGCCUUUGCCCUUUGCUGCAUUUAAACAGAUGCACCGCCCUGAACUAACCCGCAGAAUGAGCGAUGGAGGAUGGUGAAAAGCUCAUUUGCAUGCUGAACGGCGUUCUUAAUGUGGAUAUUUAUUUAAAUUUAAUUUAUUUCACGCACACACUGCACUGUAGGCUUUUGUGCCAAAGUCAUAUUAACCCCUGCCUAGUUGUUAUUCAGUGCACGACGUCCCGCACGCACGUUGAAUAUUCAUGUUGAUAGCCAUUCGCUGUCGUUUUACUCCUCCCAUAUCCCAACGCAACAGCGGCGCGACGCAGGGCAAUGGAGACUGUCAAAGUACAGAAGAAGCUAUAUUUACUGUUAUUCGCUAAAGCACAAAUACUUGUCGCUUGGCAUCUUCUUUUCAUUGUGUCACUCGCUGUCGCAGACAUGGCAGACACAACAGCCAUGCCCACCAAAGACUGCGCUCUGAAAGGAAGGGAGGAAAAAAUUGUCGUGGCAGAGAAGCAUGCUGUCAAUGGCAACCCCACAGUGGAGCCGUUUCCAGAGGGCAUGGAGACCAUCAUGUUUGGUAUGGGCUGUUUCUGGGGGCCUGAAAAGCUCUUCUGGCAGAAGCCGGGGGUGUUCUCUACCCAUGUGGGCUACGCAGGGGGACACACACCCAACCCCAACUACCAGGAAGUGUGCUCAGGUUUGACAGGACACACUGAGGUGGUGAGGGUGGUCUUCUCCCCCGAGGACAUCAGUCUGGAGGAGCUACUCAAGGUGUUCUGGGAGAGCCACGACCCCACUCAAGGUAUGAAGCAGCAGGCAGACCAUGGAACCCAGUACCGUUCAGCCAUUUACACCUCCAGUCCCUCUCAACAGGAGCUGGCUCUCAACACCAGACAAGCCUACCAAGAGGUGUUAUCUGAGAAGGGCUAUGGAUCCAUCACCACAGAGGUUCUGGAGGGCCAGGAGUUCUUCUACGCAGAAGACUACCACCAGCAGUACCUGAAGAAGGUCCCCAAGGGCUACUGCUGUCUGAAGGGGACCGGGGUGAGCUGUCCCAUCGGAGCUGAAGCAGACGAUGACAAAGACGAGCUGUGAAGAGAAAUAGCGGGAGUAAGAGAAGAAGAAAAGGGGAGUGAGAGAGAAAAAGAGAAAGGGAAUGCGCAAGAAGA